UUGUAUGUAAUUUGUUUAUUUGACGUGAAAACGGGUUUGCCUAUUCUUUGAAGAUCGAUCUCAAUCUCGGCGUACCUGAGAAUGUUUGUAGUAGGUAUAUACAUGUAUACAUAGGUCAAAACGGCAGCGGGUCCUCAGGCGUUCGGUAAUUGACACCGGAUUUGGUGCUCGCUUACUUUCGCACUUUCUCGUUUACCUGCGGCUCUAAUGCUUAUCUCAGUACAGGUAUGCUACCUGUGGUAACUUAACAACCAGAUACAUAUCUUACCUAACGAUAAACAGAUGAUUCUUACUGCAUCAGGAAGCAUACAAGUCUGGACAACUGUUACACCUGUGGUUACAGGUGGAUGUACCUAUACGUACCUAUACUGGAGUAUGGGGAUUAUUGACGAUGUUACAUACGUAUCAUACCAGAAUCAAAUCAGACAAGUUUGACAUUUAAACGUUUUGCUUUGGAGACUAUGAAUGCUAUUUGAUUCGUUCUUACCUGGAUUGAUAAGGAAUAACUUUCUAGAGAUGUUGAAUACAGUGUUCAUCACCUAUGGCAUCAAGAACAGAUUAUUGAUGCUGAAUAUCGGAGAAGUGAUCUACUGAUACCUGGGUGAUUUACCAGCAGAGCUGAACAUUUGGGAUUUAUUGACUAUGGCCUUUACUCCGACAUCUUACACGAACAAUACCACUAUGAUUCCUUCUACUAACAUAUCCACGUCGCUAAGUGCAGAGGAAGUGGAAGUGAUUCUCCGGAGGUUGAACGACGAGAAGGCUGUGCAAUAUUUACCAGUGAUUAUAUACAUGAUGGUGCUUCUUCUAGUUGGAACUAUCGGAAAUAUUGUUGUGUUUUUCGUCUACUGGAACAAGAAAACAAAAUCAUCUUCGCAUUUCUUCAUUCUUAACCUCGCUGUCCUUGACCUUUUGACAUGUUUAGUUGGCAUGCCAACAGAAGUGGCAGAUCUCAGAUACCCGUAUAUGUUUUAUGCCCCAGCGGCGUGUAAACUUUUGCGCUUUAGCGAAUCGGUAUCGACUAUUGGGUCGUCAAUCACCCUCAUCGCUGUGGCGUUCGACAGAUACUACAGGAUAUGUAGACUGGGAAAACAGAUCUCGGUAAAAACCGCUAAGGUUAUCUGCGUUAUAGCUAUAAUUAUAGGAGUUUUGACGUCAUGGCCCGCAUGUAUCAUCUUCGGCGAGAAGACGGUCGACGUAGGCAUCGAGGGUAUUGUGGGCGUUGAUUGCUCUACUGAUGACUCAAUGCGACAUACCUUGUACCCAACACUAUACUAUGGAGUGUUGUUUCUUCUCUUCAUCGCUUGUGUCAUCUUCUUUACCGUCAUUUAUUCUAAAAUAGGCGCUGUCAUAUGGACAAGAAAGAAAAUCAAGAUCGGUGAAAAGGCACCAGAAAUGCCUCCAAGUAAAGAUAGGACAUUCAACGACAGCACGGCCUCGGACCGUGUUUCUUCUGACCCUAUCAGCACCGAAAUGUCGUCAGAUCAGGAAGCUAAUUGGGACGACACGCGCAGGAAUUCCACGGCGUCACGGAAUGUUUUCAAAAAGCGUGGACAAAAGCACCAAAUCCGCGUGACAAGAACCACUGUCGUUCUAUUUGCCGUCACGGUUGCUUACGUUGUCAGUUUUCUUCCAUUCCUGAUCUUCAUGGUCGUCCGCAGUAUAAAGAGAGACUUUGAGUCUGGUCUGGACCCAGCCGGAGAAGUGGCCUAUAAAUUCGGUUCCAAGUCGUACUUCAUCAAUAACGCAAUAAAUCCAGUCAUCUAUAGUUUUCUCAAUGUAAACUUCCGAAAGGACACGAAGGCGCUUUUUAAGAAGUGCCUCGCAUGUUGUUGUUGUCGUAACAGAGAUGUAUGAAGAUUUAACACUUUUAUUUAUUACGUUUGUAUUUUGAUAUUUAUGAUCUUACAAUAGUUUGACUCAAAAAGAAAAUCCAUACAUAUAUAUGCAUAUGAAUGUGUUCGAAAUCCAGGAAUUAAUCUGCACUGAUUCCAUAGAAUUCCAUUAACGAGUGUUUUUCCUGGACGCUGAUCACUGAAUGGGGCUAUUUGGUGCUGGAACCUGGUGCUGGUACAUCACGUGGCAGUGACACCAAUGCGCAUGUGCAUUAAGCAUGGCAUUAAUUGAACUUAAUUGUUUAAAAGGUGCUGGACACUCAAACUCAAAUAAGUACUGAUAUUGCCAUCGAUCAUUUUAUUAUCAAUGUCAUCACCAUUAUGCUAUCAUCGUCGUCAUCGGAUUAGCACAUAUGUAUUAUUCAUCGUUCAUAUCAUCACAGCCAUCGCUUUAAACUUACUCAUUUGUACCGUUGUCCUGUUUUAUAAAUAACGUGGUCGUGUACCAAAUUAUCCUCAGUAAUAAAUAUCAAAUUUGUCUUUGAGUGACAAUAAUACAAUUUGUUAUUUACUUAUCUUCCGUGAAUUUCAUUAUUAUGUUUCACUAUAAAAAAACCAUAGUGCUGCGUGUAUAUCACUGACAAAUCCCAUGUAGGAGAGGUUAUUCAGUAUGGUUACAAUGUUAAAAAGCUAAAUAAUUAUUCGAGAGCUGUUAUAAGAGUUAUACCAACGGCGUAAAUACAUCUCACGAAUUCAAACAAACAUAUUUUACUAAAUUAUAAAUGAAUUGAAGAUGUUUUACACUGAUGUAAAGGAUGAUAUAUAUUUAUAUUCCUGUUAAAACUUCUGGUACAAGCUUCCUCAUAGUGCAUCACGGUCUACAACAAGGAAUCUAGAAAGGAACCUCCUGGAAGAGGUUGCUUCUAUCAAGUCUUGUGUACUGGAGAAUUCGUCACAAAAUAUGAACGUAACUUGCUUGGAAGAGUUACCUGGGACCAGAAUAUCUUUGCUUAAUUUCCAUAAUUAUUCAUAUUUAUGAGUAACUUAAUUUUUGAACAUUGUUGUAUUUUUUGUAUUGUCUGUUUCUUUUUAAAGAAUUUACCUAUUCAGUUAAAUAAUAAUCUGUUACUCUCUGUUCGUCGUAAUUUGCUAAUAGAAUUUAUCACAAUGUGUUUGUUAUGGAUAUACAGCGUAGAUUUUAUAUAUUUAUGUACAUUGUAUGUAUUUUGUCUUGCAGUAAAUAUCGGGAGUGUGCAUUGCCUGACUGGUUUGAUUGCUUUCAAAGAUAUUUCAAAACCAAACUGAAAAUUGACGAACGUGUUAUUUCGAUACACUGAAUUAAAUUGUGUUUAUGUAUCUAUUAAAAUAAUACUUAAAAUUAGCAAUUUAUUGUAUUAAAGAUUUGUUAUCUUCCCAUAACAUUAAAAAAAUGACGUCGCUGUUUGUAACGAUGCUUUUGAUUGGCUAAAAGCGUUGCGUAAUGAUUUAUCAGAGGAAAGAGUUCGCCAAAGACAGUAAUAACCUCAUGUCAUAUAAAUGUAGCUUGGUUAUACGAAUUAACUUUUUACGUUAUGGAACCAUGAGUGAUCCGGUUUUUUGUGAUAUGGCUCUGUAAAGUGAACACUUUCAGGUUAGCCAUUAAAAGUAACAGAUCAGUUUGCAACCCCGACGUCUCGGUUUAAAGUGUAUUGUUUUAAACUUCAUGUAUGUCAUUUGGUACUUUUUUUCGUAUUCAUACACAUUUCAUUAAAAUAUUUCGUAAACCAUU